AUGGUGGUCGGCACCGAGAAUAGAUUGAUCAAAAGCCCAGUGUGUUGGUAUUCUAACCCCACGUUCCUGCGUAUUUUUCGUGUGGUUCAGCUUUUACCGUUAAUUACGCUUCUUGGGCUACUAGGGUAUGUGUCUAACGAUGGCUUUUUCUAUUCGUUGUAUGGGCUUAUCGCAACCAGCAUUUCCACCUUCUAUUUGAUCGUCAUUAUGAUAGUCCCAGUCCCCGCCAAUCCCAAUGCCACCGUGGUGUGUGUCUUUGAGGCAAUCAUGGCCGCCAUUAUGCUCGCGGCAUUUAUCGAGUUGGGUGUCGACAACGGUAGUGUUACCUGUGCUAAUCAGAAGUACUAUUUUAGCUCCAGCUAUUACAAUUAUUAUUGGAGUGCAGUGCUGCCAUGCAGCGCCGCUCAGGCAUCGAUCGGGGUGUCAGCGUUAGCUUUUAUUUUGUUUACCUGCUCUUCAGUUUUGUUUGGAGUAAACGUAGUGAAACCAAUUAGGCGCGCUUUUGGUGUUCGUUUGGAGGGUGCUGAUCUUACUGCGAGGCUACAGAGGGGUUCUAAUCUUGCCAUCAGCUGUGCCCCGAUUCUUCACACUGACAUCGAGGCUCUCGCACCUGACACUAAUGUAGCGGUACCAGAGUCUACUUCGUAUGCGAUUGCAGAGCCUGCGAUUGUGGAGUCUACGGCUGUUGAGCCUGUAGCUGUUGAGCCUGUGGUGCCAAAAGUGACCGCUUAA